AUGGGUUCGAAGAGUGUUGCAUCCAUUAUCCUUCUCUCUCUCAACCUCUUUUUCUUUUCCAUGGUUAGCUCCCAAACCGCUGCUCCUCCGGCACAAGGUGAGGAGUGUCCCGAGUUAGGUUUAUGCUUAAAUAUUUUGGGUGGCAACAUUAUUGGGUCCCCAUCAGAUUGUUGCCCCCUCCUAGAUGGUCUUGCUGACAUAGACGCAGUGGUUUGCAUUUGCGACCAACUCAGGUCCCGAAUCCUUGGACUUCCCAUUAAUCUUGACAUUAACCUCAUCGCUAUAUUCAACGCUUGUGGACGCAACACCACCAACCUCAUUUGCAAUUAA